CCUAAUCCCAUAAUCUUCAAUUCGGUCAUCAUCCAGAUGACUUACAAUCCCAAAUAAAAAACCUGGAAACUCUAGUUCCAAAAUUCUCUGCUAGGUUCCGGCUAUACCCACCGGUGGUAUCGACUUCGAUAGGAGAUUUGUCGAAAAAUCUCAGGUAAGUUUUUAUUACCUUCUUCCCUGUUCUUUUAACGAUUUCUGAUGUUAAGGGUCUAGGGUAAAAAGUGCUAAAGGAAAUCCUAAACAGAGAACACGAUAUUAGAAGGAAAUCCUCCCUCACUAAUUUCGAUUGAAGAAGAAUAAUAUUGACUCUGAAUCGUUGAAGAAAAUGUCAGAAAGCUCUGUCUCUAUUAGAAGGUGUUUCUGUGGAAUUGAUGUCCUACAUUUAACGGCUUGGACUCCACAUAGUGCUGGUCGACGUUUUACAAGUGUUCACAAAGUGGGGCACGAAAAAUGUGAUUUUUGGGAUUGGGAAAAACCAAGGUUUCCUCUCAGAGCAGUAGAAUUAAUCUACGAUUUGAAAAGCAAAGAAAAAUCUCUUCGAAGUGAGAAGAUAUUUUUGUUGAAGAAGAUUGCAAAUUUUAAGUGUUCCAACAACAUGUUGGAGGAGAAGAUAAUGGAAUUGGAGUGUUCUACUGUUGAAGUUGUCAGACCACCAACAGUAGUUGCUGGACUACCAGCAAAUUUAAGAUUUCAAUUGUUAAGUUAUUUUUCAUUGAGUUGUUUUGUUGGGGACAAUUAAUUAUAGGUGAUAAAAAAGUUUUAAAAUUGAGUACAGGUAACUCAAGUUUUAAUUAUUGAGUAGAGGUGACAAAAUUUGAUUAGUGAUUAAGCG